AUGGAUCCGCCUCAUACACCGACUCCUGCACAUGGAGUUUCUCAAUCUCCACAGUCGCGCUCUUCUUCCCCUGGUGCAAGGAAGUGCCCCCAGCCAAACGACUACCCACUUCCUACUGAUAGCAGAUCCGGGAAUGGUCCAAUGGGCGGCACGGGCCAAGACCAUCUUUCGGCCACGUCCACCGGGGCCCGCCUACAGACCCCCGCGCCCGAUAGCGGUGCUGGCAAAUCCAAGUCCAAUAAGCGCAAGAACCGCAGACGCAGACCCAAAAAUCGCAAGCAAUCCUUCCUCACAUCUGCCCCGGAAACGUCGCAUGACCGGCCUGGAACCUCACCGGCAGCUGAUGGUGCUAGAGAGCUGAUGGAAGGCGAUCGGCCAACCUCGAAGGAUGGUCAGUCAUUUUUCAAAUUGGGUAGGAAUUUAAGCAAUACCAGCUUGGAGAGCGAGGCAUUAUUGGAUCACAGAGACCAACCUAUGAUGCGCCCCCGUCGCGACAGUCGCCAAACUUCGAAUUUCCGUCCCAGCUCUCUAAUAUCCGGUGCUUUGCAGUCUGGCGAUCUACGAUCUCGACUCAGCCCUGGAGGAGGACAGUCCCAACAAUACCAGGAGGAAGACAGUGACGGCUUCGAAGCCACAGACCGCACGCCUUUGGUGCGAGCUACACCAGGAGCGACAUCAGGUCGGACUCGCUAUGGAUCAGACAUGCGCACCAGUCCACUUUCCUCUCGCCCACGGAGAACAUCAGGUCAAAAAACAUCAUCGCAAUGCUCGCCGAACCAGAGCACAUCCUAUUUCCCCGACCAAGACCGCGACUUCGAUGUUAACAACCCUCCCUCGAUGCCCGGCACACCAAAGCUAGGGCCGGACAUGAACUAUGAUGAUGCUAUGAUGACCGGUAUUGAGUUCGAUUUUGCGCAGUCUAUGGAAAAUCACAUGGACGCCUUCAAUCGAGUGAAUGAUGCGGUGAUCAAUAUAGACGGCUUGCCACAUCAACACUCCGCGCCUUCGUCCGCUCCUGGUUCCCCUCUAUAUUCCCCUCAUCCGGAAUUCGGCUCACGACGCCACACGGUUGCAAAUCUAGGUCCCCCGGAAGAUGUUUGUUUGCCCCCAGAUGGGUCAGAACUCGGAGAUGAAAGUUUACAUGUGCCGCGGGAUGAGACUGGUGAAAGACGACGACGCAGACACAGACGAUGGCCAGACUUAUCGGUCUUGGAAGAAUGGAGUCGAGAGGAAAAGGAGGAGCGCAGUGGGGAUCUCCGCGUCAAAAAGAUCAGCGAGCCAAUGCUUAUUGAGGGACGAUUGCGGCCCCAAUAUAAGGUAUGGCGCCGUGAAGAGGACGAGGCUCCUUAUCGGUUCACCUACUUCAACGAAGAAUUCCCGAGCACUAUUCACGCACAGACUAUCUCGGAGCUGGUGCAACCAGGGGGUAAUUUCCGGGAACUGUUUAUCCCCGACCCCCCAGAACUGGAGGAUUCCUCGUCCGAGGAAGGAGAUGAUGAAAAUCCCUCUUCCAACGAUUAUACUGCUGCUCAUUCCUUCUAUCCUGGUGGCAGUGGACCCCGCGUAGCUACUUCGCAUGAAGAACUACGUGCUACGAAUGGUGGAACUGGCCCGGGAGUAUCAAACAAUACCAAGGAUGGCUAUAAUGCAACUCCAAAUUCCACAGCUGAGACCAAAGGACAUCAGCCGCGUUUGUCUGUCAUCAGUGAGGGACACCCAGAAUCCAACCGAGGCAUCUCGCCGUCAUAUUCAAACAACGGCGUGAAGCCCAAGCGGUAUGGGCCUCGGCCAACAUUCUGGCUAGAUGUUCUUUCGCCAACUGAUGCGGAAAUGCGAGCCAUUGCAAAAGCAUUUGGUAUUCAUGCCUUGACUGCCGAGGAUAUCAUGAUGCAAGAGGCGCGGGAAAAGGUAGAGCUGUUCCGCAGCUACUACUUUGUGAACUACCGCACCUUUGAACAGGACACCAAUAGCGAAGACUACCUCGAGCCUGUCAAUAUGUACGUGGUUGUCUUCCGCGAGGGAGUAAUUUCCUUCCACUUUUCGCAGACGCCCCAUCCCGCCAAUGUACGGAGGCGUAUUAGGCAGCUCAUGGACUACUUGAUUCUCAGUUCUGACUGGAUCUCCUAUGCGCUGAUCGAUGACAUUACUGAUGUUUUCGGUCCACUUAUUCAAGCCAUCGAAGAUGAAGUCGACGAGAUCGAUGAGAUGAUCAUGCAAAUGCACUCAUCCAGUAAAGAAGGAUCAUCGAAUGACAACGUGCUUCCCUCGUUUGCACCUGGUGAAAUGCUUCGACGGGUGGGCGAGUGCCGCAAGAAGGUGAUGGGACUCUACCGGCUGCUCAGCAACAAGGCCGACGUGGUUAAAGGGUUUGCGAAACGAUGCAACGAGCAGUGGGAAGUGGCACCCAAAUCCGAGAUUGGCCUGUAUUUGGGUGAUAUUCAGGACCACAUCAUGACCAUGACAGGCAACUUGACGCACUAUGAAACGAUACUUUCUCGGGCGCAUUCCAACUAUCUAGCGCAGAUUAACAUCCUAAUGAAUGAGCGCUCGGAGCAGACUGCUGAUGUUUUGGGCAAAUUGACUGUAUUGGGUACCAUUGUUCUCCCCAUGAAUAUCAUCUGUGGUAUGUGGGGUAUGAACGUCAAGGUGCCGGGCCAGGAUAUCGAUAAUCUUUCUUGGUUCUGGUCGAUUACGGCCGGUUUGUCCGUCUUUGCAUUGCUUUCAUUUGUGAUCGCCAAACGAGUCUACAAGAUUGUGUAG